AUGGCUGUUGGACAGGGCGUAGAUGUGUCAAAGAAGCUCAAGGCUGCCAUCAAAGCGAAAUUAGAAGAACUCGGCGUCUAUGUUGAUGAUGAACUUCCCGAAUACAUCAUGGUUAUGAUUGCAAACAAAAAGGAAAAGAAUCAGAUGAAGGACGAUCUUAAUUUGUUUUUGGGAAAAUGCACGAAUAAAUUCGUGGAUUGGCUUUUUGAUCUGUUCGAGAGACUGCAAACAGUUGCAAGCAAACCUGAUAGUCAAUCUGGAAAUGAAAAAUCUAGCAAGGAAAGCUCCAAAGACAAAGAUCGCAGGAAAGAUGUGGAGUCUACCUCAUAUGGUGGUUCAAAAAGGGAUGAGCGACGAGAAGCAAAAUCUCACGAGUCAUCUUCACAUCGACAUGUUGAAUCUGAGUCAAAGAAACGCGAAACUGAGAAGGAGAAGGAACGAGAAAAGGAGCGAGAACGGGAAAAGGAACGGGAGCGGGAGAAGGAGAAAGAGAAAGAGAAAGAGAAAGAAAGGGUCCGUCAAAUGGAGAAAGCCAAAGAAAAAGAACGCGAAGAACGGGCUAAGGAAGCGGAACAGCGGGCUAAAGAAGCCGAGCGGCAGGAGCGGCAGGAGAAAAUCCGUGAACAGGAGAAAUCAAAGUCUCGGUCAGAAGUUACCCGAUCACGCGAUACGGUACGGCCAACAAGGAGAACGAAAGAUCGCAGAUCACGCUCUCGCUCACGUUCAAGAACUUGGUCGGAUGACGAUUUCGAGCAAGAGGUUGAAGCACGAAACAAAAAGGUGGCUUCUUCUGUAGUUGCUCAACGCGCACUUGCUGCCAGCCCUGAACCAGUCAAGGUUUCCUCGCAAGUUCGUGUCAUGCGGAAGGUCAAAACUGCUACUAGUGAAAUCGAGAAGAAAACAAUGAAGGCAGGAUCAUCUAUGUUCCUGAAAGCAAUGAAUCAAGCUAGCGUCAGCGCCGGUUAUGGCUCAUCUCUUUUGGAGAAGAAGAAAGCAUCGGUUCACAGUCGCGUGACGAAAUCUCCUCUCAAGAAUCAGAGUAGUCGAGCAAAUGUUGUGGAGGUGGAUAGCGAUGAGGAAAAUGCAUGUGAAUCAGAAGUGAUUGUAAGCGAUGCAUCUCGUGCUCGCUCGGCUAGCCCCAAAAUUACGGUGACAUUGAAAGGCGCUAAAGAACAUAUCGGUGCGAAGGGAACAGUCAAGAAAGCCAACCUGAAACGUCAUAAAGAGAAGGAGAGCGCAGAUGCCAAAAAUGGAGGUGUCGUGGUUGUGCCAGAAAAACGUGGUCGAACCGUGGAAAUCGAUAAUGACGUGUCGGAUGGCCUUGAAUCACCGUCCAUCCGAAAGUGGGACGGCCAGAUUCAGUUGGACGAGGAAGACACGACCGAUGAUGACGAGGCAAAGAUCGAUGCUGUAUUGGCUGAUGCUCGCGGUGUUUCGACCUCUAUGGAUGAAGAUGGAGAAGUCCCACCUACACACCAGCUAAGUCGGGGAAACAGCUGGUCCGGGUAUACAGGUUCGCCGACGCAACAGCAAAGUAAAGAUGCUCCGAACUAUGUUCCUACUCCGCUGUCAAAAGAGGACACCGGAAAUUUCCCAACGGUCACAAAAAUUCCAGAACGCUGCCGAUUUUGGCCAGCAUGCAGACAAGGAGAAAAUUGCUCCUAUACUCAUCCUACCAAACAGUGCAUAAACUUCCCUCAUUGUUCGUUUGGUUCUCGUUGUCUUUAUAUUCAUCCACCAUGUCGGUAUGAUCGCAAGUGUGUGAAUCCGAGCUGCCCCUAUACUCAUGGAAAAAUAUCAGCUGUUGCGAUGUCGGCACCAGCCAUUACUACACCUCAGAUACCUCAACCGGUGGCGCCACCAGUGCCGGUCGCAGCAGCCGAGUCAACAAAAAUCUCGCCUGACGUGCCACUUUCUGCUGAUCCAGCUUCUGUUCCAAGCCUUGCAUCACUCACGCCUUGUUUAUUCGGCAAUAAAUGCAAAAAACCGAAUUGCGCUUUCAAACAUCCAAAGGCGUGUCAUUAUGGUUCCUCUUGCAUGAACGCAAAUUGCUACUUCUAUCAUCCACCGAUGCCGAAGCCUGUGUUUGGUGCUGCGGUGGCUGCCAAGUACAAAUGGAAGGCCUCGAGUGCCAGUGCAUAA